AUGACUAACGGUUGGAUCCCGUUCAUGAAUUGGGAAUCCAAAGAUACGCCAAACAGCUUCAUUGGAGCUGAUGUACCGGCCAAUUUGAUACAGCGUUAUUUCGCCGUUGUUAUUCACUGGAAGAGCAGUCACAUUGGUGAACUUCAUAUUGUUCCAGCUGGAUGUGCAGCUAUUCUAGGCCGUCAAUGGAUUCGAGCCUUAGAAAUCGAACUUUUACAAAUAGAUGCUAAUAUAUCAAACACUUCAAUUCAUAAAUCACCAGUGUAUCAAAUCAAUCCUCUCAAUUCACUUUUGGAAAAAUUUUCACCCCUCUUUGAAGAACGAGUUGGUUGCGUCCCUCAUUUUCAAGUAUCACUUCAACUUAGGGAUGGAGCAAAAGCCAUUUUUACUAGGGAGCGUGACGUUCCUUAUGCUCUCCGGGACCGCGUCAAUAAAGAAUUGGACUCUCUUGAGGCAGAUGGAAUAAUAUCCUUAGUGCCUGCGAGUGAUUGGGGGUCACCAUUGGUUGUCAUUCCAAAACCAAACGGUGGCGUCCGAUUAUGUGUUGAUUACAAAUGUGGAGUCAAUGAACGAUUAAUUCAAUCAAAUCAUCCAGUAAGAAGGAUAGAUGAUGUGCUUCAUAGUCUUCGAAAUUCAUGA